AUGUUCUCUAGCCGGGCCCUCACCAGCGCCGCGCGCAUCGCGGCCCCUCGCAACCCAAUCGCCGCCCGCGUUGCUGCAACCCGCGCCUACGCUGCCGCCGCUGCCCCGAGCAGCUCCCAGACCAAGCCCCCCGUUGCGCUCUUUGGCAUCGACGGAACCUAUGCCUCUGCCCUGUACACCGCUGCCGCGAAGACCAACGCCCUUGACGCGGCCGCGAAGUCGCUCGACACUCUUGGCAAUGUCUUCAAAAAGGACCAGAAGCUCACCACUCUCCUUGGCGCGCCCACCCUCUCCGUGACCGACAAGCAACAGAUUGUUGCGGAGCUCCAGAAGCACCUCGGCCAGGACAAGGACGGCAUCAUCAAGAACCUGCUUGAGACGCUGGCCAACAACAACAGACUGGGCGCGCUGGAGGGCGUCGUCGAGAAGUUCGGCCAGCUCAUGAGCGCGUACCGGGGCGAGGUCGAGCUGACCGUUACGAGCGCCGCGCCGCUUGACAACCGUACCCUCAGCCGCCUCGAAUCUGCCGUCAGCAAGUCGCAAUACGUCUCCCAGGGCCAGAAGCUCAAGGUCGUCCCCAAGGUCAACCCUGACAUUCGCGGUGGACUCAUCGUCGAGAUCGGUGACCGCACCAUCGAUCUCUCCGUCUCCGCCAAGAUGGCCAGAAUGAAUAAGCUGCUUAAGGACACUUUGUAA